AGAGCUGUGUAGAGUCUAUCAUUUUGUUUAUUUUGACAGUUCUCACUCUCUUUCCUUCGACUCCAACCGCUGUCAAAUUUCAGUACUGCCAACUUAUGACAACUUCCUUCUUUUUCGGUCUUUUCGACGUGAAACGUGCUGAACGCUAGAAAGAUGCCAGCAGCGGCUAAGACUGCCCCGGCCACGAAGGUCCCGGCCACGAAGGCUCCGGCUGAGAAGAAGGUUCAGGAGAAGAAACUGCCCGCGGUGCCGGAAUCGAAGCUGAAGGCAACAAAAGUGAAGACGAUCGCCCGCCCCGGCAGCCUACGUCGUCGCCGUCGCCUGCAAUCUGUCAAGCUGAUCCGCCAGCAGCAGAAUCUGCUCCGCGCGGCCAAGUAUGCCAAGAAGUAUCUGCGCAUGGAGCGCGUCGUGGUCGAAAAGGCCCGCGCCGCUAAGAAGGCCGGAAACAUCUACAUUCCGGCAGAGCCGAAGGUUGCCUUCGUGAUGCGUAUUCGCGGUAUCAACAAGGUCGCUCCCAAAGUCCGCAAGGUGCUCCAGUUGUUCCGCCUGCGCCAGAUCAACAAUGCCACCUUCAUCAAGCUGAACAAGGCCACCAAGAACAUGCUGAGCAUUGCCGAGCCGUACAUCACCUACGGAUACCCGACGCUGAAAUCGGUACGGCACCUGAUCUACAAGCGCGGAUUUGUUAAGCACCGACACAGCCGCAUCCCGAUCACCGACAACUUCGUGAUUGAGCGCAAGCUGCGCGCCGGAUACCAGAUGCAGUGCGUCGAGGAUCUGGUGUACCAGAUCUACACCGGUGGACCAAAGUUCCGCAAGGCCAACAACUUUUUGUGGCCGUUCAAGCUUAACACCCCGACCGGUGGAUGGCGCAAGAAGAACAACCAUUACGUCGAGGGUGGUGACUUCGGUAACCGCGAGAAUAAGAUCAACGAACUUAUCCAGCGUAUGAUCUAAGUUUUGAGACCGUUAGGUUGAUAAGGUUGCGAGAGAGCGAGUAUAAUAAAAAAUACCUUUAAAAAUUGAA